UUGCAGCCCACGCAAGCUUUGGAUAGCGUCCUUUAAAGUUGUUUUUACGUCAUCACGCUUUUUGACGUGCGGCCUGGAAGUGACUACAAUCCGCGGGUUGGGAGUGAAUACUCUGCCGCCCUCAGUUCUCCCGUCAGCGGUCACUGCCUCCUGUCCGUCGGAUUUAAUUAGCUCACGUAGUUUAUUCCGGACCGACUCCUGGAUUUGGGAGUUUGGUGAAACGGCGGGUUAGCAAGCGGGGUUAUUAAGCACAAAGAAAUGUUGUGAUUUUAAUACAGUUUAACAAGACGUUGAUAUAUACGGAGAAUAAAGACUAAAUGAAAAUGUUAUCGGUAUUGCAGAAAUGCGGUGCUACGCAUAGCUGGGUGAAUUAAUAUUGUAAUAAUAUGCCCUGCACUGUAGAUUGGAACCUGGUAUGAAAGGUUUUUUUUUUCUCUUGUUUUUGUAACUGGGUGUGCUAUUGUUGUUAGUCGCGCCAGUCACAAAACGUGCUGUAUUGCAAGUGUAAAACUAAUCCAGUCUGAUUCUGUACUGGAAAUAAUUAUAACUAAGCACACAUGCCAAAGUGCUGUUUCUACAUAGCUUUUAGUAACACAAACAAAUACAGGUUGUCAGUUCUGACUUGUAUAACAGCAAGUAACGGUACCUUACCGCCAGUGUUAUCUGUUUAGUGAGUACAACUGCUUGGAUCUUACUGGUACUGUGUCACAGGACUGCAUGUAGUGCUUGCCACUACCACUUUUAGUAGGUCCAAGCAUUAGCUAAAGUUUAUCAGGACACUGACACAUCUGUCUUUGAAAAUGCAUUCAAGUAGGGAAAGCGAGAGUUGGGAUUGGGAUAACCCUCAUAACCGAGCACUGUUAGAUGAGGUGUUUUUCAGGGAGCAGGAUUAUAUUCGGGCGAGCAGCGAAGAACACAAGGAGUUCUGGAAGUUUUUUGAAAGGUUCCAGCGGUUCCAGGAGAAGAGGGAGGCAGCGGGCAGCAGUGCCAGCAAGCCGGACAGCAAGAGCGGCAAGCACAGACGAGACGAGGAGGGACGGGGACAGGACCGAGGGAAAAAGAAAGCAAGCUCUGUCGAUCUGGGGCUGCCGAAGGAAUAUGACCCCAGGUACCGGAUCAACUUAUCUGUGCUUACCAAGGACAUCGAAGAACGGCAUGGUAGCCGGCACAGAAGGGAAGAAAAGACAGGUCUGGGGAAACAGGAGGUAUCCGCUUGUCGCUUGGGACUGCUCCACUUCAUAGACUUCACCCAAAAGCAGAGUUUCGGCAAGCUGGCGAAACUUAAGAAGGAGCAAAGGAACUUGCCCAUUUUUCAGUACCGGGACAAGAUUGUGGAUAUGGUGAGGGCUAACCCUGUGGUGGUGGUAGCUGGGGAUACCGGCUGUGGCAAAUCCACACAGGUGCCCCAAUAUCUGCUGUCCGCUGGCUUUAGCCACAUUGCUUGCACCCAGCCUCGCCGCAUUGCCUGCAUCUCCCUGGCUAAGAGAGUGAGCUUCGAGAGUCUGAACCAGUACGGAUCCAAGGUGGGCUACCAGAUUCGCUUUGAGACAACGCGAACCCCUGCCACCAAGAUGGUGUUCCUGACAGAAGGCCUGCUGCUGCGGCAGAUCCAGCAGGACACCACCUUGCCGCAGUAUGAGGUGGUGAUCGUGGACGAGGUGCACGAGAGGCAUCUGCACUGCGACUUCCUGCUGGGCGUCCUUCGCACCCUGAUAUCCCUCCGCUCAGACCUCAAGAUCAUCCUCAUGUCUGCCACCAUCAACAUCAAGCUGUUCUCCAAGUAUUUCGGCAAUGCCCCCGUAAUACAGGUCCCAGGACGGCUCUAUCCUAUACAGGUGAUCUACCAGCCCAUUCCCCAGGAGGAGCAGCCCUCCCGCUCUGAGAAGCUGGACCCCCGGCCUUACCUGCGUGUCCUGCAGGGGAUCGACCACACCUACCCCCCAGAGGAGCGUGGGGACCUGCUGCUGUUCCUGAGCGGAGUCUCUGAGAUCUCCACCGUCCUGGAGGCAGCGCAGACCUACGCCACGCACACGCGCAACUGGAUCGUCCUGCCGCUUCACAGCACUCUGUCCGUGACAGACCAGGAUAAGGUAUUUGAUAUUUCACCCCCAGGGGUUCGGAAAUGCAUCAUUUCAACCAACAUCGCAGAGACAUCUGUCACUAUAGAUGGGGUGCGCUUUGUGGUUGAUUCAGGGAAGGUGAAGGAGAUGAGCUUUGACCCCAAGGCUAAGAUGCAGCGGCUGCAGGAGUUCUGGAUCAGCCGGGCCAGCUCGGAGCAGAGGAAGGGGCGAGCGGGGAGGACGGGGCCGGGGGUCUGCUACCGGCUGUACGCAGAGUCCGAUUAUGAAGCCUUCUCCCCUUACCCCAUCCCAGAGAUCCAAAGGGUGGCUCUCGACUCCCUCGUCUUACAGAUGAAGAGUAUGAACCUGGGGGACCCGCGCACCUUCCCCUUCAUCGACCCUCCCCCAGCUUCCAGCAUAGAGACUGCCCUCCACUACCUGAGGGAGCAGGGCGCUUUGGAUAGCCAGGGAGAGCUCACCCCCAUCGGGAGCCUGCUCGCUGAGCUACCGGUCGACGUGGUCGUCGGGAAGAUGCUGGUCCUGGGGUGCUUGUUCAGCGUGGUGGAGCCUGUCCUCACCAUCGCAGCGGCGCUCAGUGUUCAAUCUCCCUUCCUGAGAAGCGCUCAGAACAAUCCGGACUGCGCCACGGCCCGCAAGCCCCUGGAGAGCAGCCAGGGCGACCCCUUCACCCUGCUCAACGCCUUCAACGAGUGGGUGCAGGUGAAGUCGGAGAGGGGCGGCACCUCGCGGAAAUGGUGUCGCCGGCGAGGCCUGGAGGAGCAGCGGCUGUACGAGAUGGUUAACCUGCGGCGCCAGUUCAAGGAGUUGUUGCGGAGUCACAGCCUGAUCGACACAGAGGGCAGCUCCUCCUCCAGGCAGGACAGCUACCAGCGCCGACAGAGGCACAGCGAGCGGAAGCAGCUCCACCGGCUGAAACGAGAGCACGAGAAGCAGGAGAGCGGCAAGCGCAAAGUGCUCAGGCUGGAGGGAGAGGAGUCCGGAUCCUCCAGCGAUGAGGAGAGGGGCAGGGGGAGGAAUGACAGAGACUCCAGAACCAGCGCUGUCGAUAUCCAGGACGUGAAGUUCAAGCUGCGUCACAGCGUGCCGGAGCUGCGCGAGGCUGCUGUUUCCAGCCAGGACCUGUCCCGACGCCAGCAGGCUCUGCUCAAGCUGGUGCUGUGCAGGGGGCUCUACCCUCAGCUGGCACUGCCCGACGAGCACAACGCCAACCGCAAGGACUCCGACCAGAUCUUUCACACGCGAAGCAAGCAGGGCGUGGUGAUUCACCCAACCAGUGUGUUUGCCAGCGAUCCAGAGGUGCUUCAUAUCCAAGAACACGAGAUAAAGGAAACAGGUCCCGAUAAAGAAGAGAGCUGUAAGCACCAGAUCCUGGCGUAUGUGUCCUUGCUGGAGACCAACAAGCCGUAUAUCGGGAACUGUGUCCGCUCCCCAGCAUUGCAGACCCUGCUUCUAGUGGCCCGCUCUCUGGACACCAAUGCAGACUGUACCCGGAUCGUGGUGGAUGGCUGGCUGGAGCUCGGGCUCAGUGAUGGGGAAGCGGCCCUGCGGACCCUCUCCUCUGCUCUACAGCUGCGUGGAAGCUGGGAGCGCCUCCUCAACGUGCAGCUGGGCAGCCGGCACGGCUCCGAGGGGCCCGGGGUGCGCAGUAAAGACGUGGCCAAGCUGGCUGACUCACUGCUCAAGUUCCUGCUCUACACAGAGAUCAGUUACAGCCUGCGGCGUCUCACUGGCCUGGAGUCCCAGAACCUUUACAUCGGACCGCAAGCCGACUCCGGUCUGCCCGCCCUCGCCAGCUUGUUCCCCUCGGCGGACGCAGAGCCGGACCCAGUGAAAGGAGGGCUGAAAGUCACCAGCUUCUUCACCUACAACUGCCUUAGCGGCUCUAAGGAUCUGUACAGAGACUGCCUGCGGAGUUUCUGGAGUUGCCCUCACUGUGAUCUCUACAUGCCCCUCACCCCCCUGGAGCGCAUGCAGCAUGAGGCCACCUGCAGGCCGCCCGGAGAAGUGCAGCCGGAGGAGAAGGAGGAUGUCUUGGAGCAGCCCAGCAGUAAACCCAGCUCCUCAACAGCCCUUCACAGGCAGUACCAUUGUGAUGUGUGCGACCAGGACUUUGAAUUCACCUCCACGGAGAUACUGAAACACAGGAGGCAGCACCAAUGGAAGCAGUUGUGUUCAUCCAUUCAAACUCGGCCCUCCCAUUAGGUAAGAUCCACACCCAUUGCUGAAGCCGUAUAAGAGAGUCGCUGCCAAACUGCUGUUGAGGAUAAGAGCAAGCACAACCAACCGAGCGCUUAAGAGAAUCACCGGAAAAGACUGUCUGAAAAUGGACGCACAAAACAAGGACAAGAAGGUAAAGGACUCAUCUGACUCAGAUAGCGAAGGCGGCAGGAAGGGCAAAGGAGAGCACAAGACAAAGGACAAGGGGAAGGGUAAAGGACAGGACCAGAAAGGACAGGACCAGAAAGGACAGACCCCGAAAGGACAGGAGCAGAAAGGCAAAAGCAAACAUUAGUUCCAGUUCCAGCUUGUCAGACGACAACGUGGGAGGAAAGCCUAAAGCUGGACUCAAGGAACAGAAGGACAAGGAAGAAAAGAAAAGGAUGCAAAGCAAGGCUACCCCUUUCAGUGCAUAGCUUAAUCCAGCCGCGUGUAGACCUGCAAAAACAGCACUUUGCAGUCUUGAAUUGAAACCGUUCUGCAACACUUGAGUCAUCUGUGUGCCGUCAUUGCUUGUUUUUCUUUUUUGAGCUUGUUAAUUUGUUAUUGUUGUCCUCCUAGUUUGUGGUUUCCACCCCACACUUGAUUUCUGGUUUGUAAUUGGUUACUCUAAUAAAGACCACAUCACGGGAACCACUUA